UCAGACUUUGAAGUGCCAACUUAGUUUGUUUAGGUGGUCACCAUGGAUGAUGGCUCAGCUGCAACCUCUCCUCCUCAUGUACCUCUACUUGUAUGGCCAUUAUAUAACACUGCAUAAAGAGAGACUAGCUAGCCAGGAAGCUACAUAGACAGGCGGUGAGCAUCCUUGUGUCUGAGAAUAAGGAGGAGAGAAAAUGCAGGACUGGGCCGGCGUGUUCAUCCCGCUCGUGUUGUUCAUCCUGUUGUCGCCGGGCCUCCUCUUCCAGAUCCCAGGCAAGUGCCGGGCCAUCGAGUUUGGCAACUCUCACACCAGCGCCGUGUCCAUCAUCGUCCACGCCGUCAUCUUCUUCUGCUUCGCAGCGGUCUUUCUCGUCGCCAUCGGGGUGCACAUCGACCUCGGCUCUUGAUUGGUCCUCUGAAUCCAUUCUAGGCUUGGUAUGUUGUUUCCUGUUUUCGCCAUCCAUAGGUUUGGUAUGCGGCUGUGCUAGAGUUCUCUGGAAGUUUAGGUGUUCUUCUGUUGCUUCCUGUGUCACUAUGUCGCUGUGAUCAAAGAUGAAACUGGUCCCUUGCUUGUAGCUAGAUUCGCUCACCUCUGGAAAUAAAGUUUCAUUUCUGUAA